AUGGGGUACAUCGCUGUGUGCAUCCCCCUGCAUGCCAAGUCUUACUGCACCGUGGCCAGGGCUCGUAUUGCAGUUGUUGUCACCUGGAUCCUCAGUCUAGCCAUUUGCUCCCCGGUAACCUUACGCUCGACUUUCUCUGCAAAAAAUAUCCCUGGGCUGGAUAACGAGCGUAACAACUGUGAGCUGUCCUGGUCUGGCAACGCUGGGUCAGCAUUCGCCAUGUCCAUGCUCCUUGUGACUUUCGUUCUGCCCUUGGGAGCAAUGCUACCGGCUUACUUGAAGGUCAUGAAAGUCUUACUGCGCAGCUCCAAAUCUUCAGGUGCUCUCCAGGCAGGAAAUGGAUCGAAAAAAGGUGAAGGCGUGAAGGACAAUUCUACCCGUUCUCGAAUGCAGGUUGUGAAAAUGCUAGUGGUGAUGCUGAUCGUUUUCGUGUUAUGCUGGGGACCGCUAACCAUAUACGAGUAUCUGCUAGCCAAUAACACCAUCUCCGCCAUGCCGGCUUAUCAUCGCCUCCCCUGGUUCAUACUCUCCUCUGUUGCCUUUGGAAACAGUUUCCUGAACCCGGUUAUCUACUUUACUCUGUCCAGGACAUACCGUGAAUUCAUGAUUUGGGCAAUGAGGCGACUGUUUUGCUGCUGUCCUUCCGUGAGGAAUGGUGGCGCGAAAUUGCGUAGAAACACCACGGUGUCCGAGGUCAGCUCUUCUGUAACGUACGCAAUCAGUGACGAAGUCCCAGCUACACCUGGAGGCGGAAAUCUCAAGAAGCAAGGCACUAGUGGACCUGACGGAGCCCAAUGA